AUGGACCGCAUCAAGCCGGGCGAGAUCCCUCCAAGGUACGACGAGGUCAAUCUCGGAUCUGGCGGUGGUGAUGGCGCCCGAUAUGGCGCUCCCUGGUGGAAGAACAAAAAAGUAUGGAUCGGCGUUGCGGCUGUGGUCGUCAUCGCCAUUGUCAUUGGCGUGGCUGUGGGUGUGACGCAGGGGAAGAAGAGCUCGUAUCCCGAUUACUCUCAGCUUACUUACACUCUGAAAGAUACAUUCCAAGGCGAAAACUUCUUUGACAACUUCAACUACUAUACUGGCUACGACCCUGCCCAGGGCUUUGUGCACUAUGUCCCGGAGGUUGAAGCCCAGCGGCUUAACCUGACCUUUGCAUCUCAGGAUGCCGCGGUCCUCAGAGUCGACACCUCCGUCGGCCCCAAGAGCGUCCCCAACGCCUCCACUGGCCGCUUCUCUGUCCGCGUAGAGUCCAAAAACACCUACAACGACGGCCUCUUCAUCUUCGACGUCCGCCACACGCCCACCGGCUGCGGCUCCUGGCCGGCCCUGUGGCUCACCGACCCGUCCAACUGGCCCAAGAACGGCGAGAUCGACGUCAUGGAGGCGACCAACAAGGCCGACGACGGCAACCAGAUGACGCUGCACACCUCGCCCAGCUGCUCCAUGGACGUCAAGCGCAAGCAGGCCGACAAGGCCCUGCAGGACAACUGCGACUCGUCAAAGAACGGCAACGCCGGCUGCGGCGUCCAGGGCGAGACCAGCACCUUUGGCUCGGCCUACAACAAGAACGGCGGUGGCAUCAUGGCCAUGGAGUGGCGUGAUGCGGGCAUUCGUGUGUGGCAGUUUGCCCGCAGCGCCAUCCCCUCGGACAUCACCAGCCAGAAGCCCGAUCCCAGCACCUGGGGCGAGGCGGCGGCUGAUUUCCCAAGCACGGACUGCAAUGUUGGGAACCACUUUAGGAACAACUCCAUCAUUUUGAACAUUGAUCUCUGUGGCGAUUUGGUGUAUGGAGUUUGGGAUAAGUCUGGCUGUAAGUGCUCAAGCAACUGCACAGACAUUGUUGCCAACAACCCAGAGUCUUUCACUGACGCCUACUGGGAAGUUGGCAAAUUCCAAGUCUACCAGUCAUCAUAG